AUGAAUCAAAUAGAUUACAUUGAGCAAGGUGUCUCGCAAGCAUUGCCUCCUCCACUUUCGAACUCAAAAGGUACUUUAUCAUCAUCAUCUUUAAAUGUAAUUUCGCUUGACCCCGUUCCUCAAGUUACAGUAUCUGUCGAAAACUUAUCAUUGGCUAUUAAAAAGUCUUCUUCGUUUUUAUCAAGGUUAUCGCCUUUUUCUUCUGCUUCAAAUACCUCAAAUUCUUCAAAUUCCAAUCUCGCCUCAAAUUCUGUCAAAAUCCUUCAAGAUGUUUCUUUUCAAGUCCUACCAGGUUCAUUGAUGGCCAUUAUUGGUGGGUCCGGUUCUGGGAAAACGACCCUUUUAAACGCACUAGCGGACCGGUCAUCAGUUUCUUCCUCCGUUGCAGAAAAGUCUGGAGUGGUAACCUACAAUGGUCUGCCAAGGAUUUCUUCAGUGUCACAUGCCUUUGUUCUCCAACAAGACAUUUUAGAGCCUACGCUAACUUGUCGGGAAACUCUUACUUAUUCAGCAGACCUCCGUCUUCCCAAUUCUGUUUCAAAAGCUAAGCGUCACGAGCUCGUCGAAAAAACCAUCCGCGAACUAGGUCUUUUGGAAUGUGCAGAUACCCUAGUUGGCUCUACGUCUCAUCGAGGUCUUUCGGGAGGAGAAAAACGACGCCUCUCCAUCGGAAUACAACUCCUCGCAAACCCAUCCGUGCUUUUUCUUGACGAGCCAACGACCGGACUAGAUGCAAACUCUGCAUAUCUUUUGGUUCGAACAUGUAAAAACCUUGCUCUUGCUGGUCGUACAGUAAUCAUGAGUAUUCAUCAGCCUCGUUCUGACAUUUUUUUCCUUCUCGACUCUAUUUCGGUUUUGACUCGCGGGGGUCGUUUGGCUUAUUCGGGUCCUGUUACUGAUGUUAUUUCUUAUUUCGAAACUUGUGGACACAAUCUUCCUCUUCAUGUUAAUCCCGCAGACUUUAUCAUUGAUAUUUGUGCUGUCGACUCUCGUACUUCAGACUCAGAAGAAUUGACUACUUGUCGUGUGAAUAAUCUUGUCAAGUCAUGGGACCUUCAUUACCAGAAACUUAAAAAUGGCGGUUCCUUUUCAAACCUUUCGUUGACUUCUUCGUCUGCGGAACCACUCACCAAUGUUGUUCCUCUUUUCCGUCAAGUCAUUGCUCUUACUAAACGACAAUUCAUUAUCUCUUAUAGAGACCCAAUGGGUUAUGCAGGAUUGCUAUUUGAGUGCAUUUCCAUGGGGAUUAUCGUGGGCUGGAUUUUUUAUAAACUUGAUGGCUCCAUUCAAGGGAUUCGAUCCCAGUUUGGCGCAGUUUACAUUUCAGUCUCACUCCAAGGAUAUCUUUUACUUGUUUAUGAAACCUAUCGUCUUUGCCGAAUAGACUUAAAAGUUUAUGACAGGGAAAGAAGCGAAGGAUGUGUUUCAGUGGCUGGCUUUCUCAUUUCUCGCCGUCUUUCUAAAUGUCUCACAGAAGAUUUGUUUGUUCCGCUUUUUUUCUCAAUCAUUUCUUACUUUAUGAUAGGAUUUUCCCGUACUGCCACACAGUUUUUCAUUUACUUUGCUGCCAGUCUUUUAGAUCAUUAUGCCGCCGUUUUUUUUGCGACAUUGAGCACUUCCAUUUCAAGAGAUUUUGCCAUCGCCUCGCUUAUCAGUAAUCUUUUCUUUACUGUCCAAUUCAUGGCUUGUGGCUUUUUUGUAAACAGUGCUCAUUUGCCCGUUUAUGUCAGAUGGACACGUUGGGUGGCAUACCUUUACUAUUCGUAUACAGCUGUGAUCAAUAACCAGUUCCAAAACUAUUUUGGUGACUGUCCUUAUGGAAAUGAUCCAUCAGUUCCCGAAUGCUUAUCGUAUUCUGGUGAAUACGCUGUCAAAUCCAUGGGAUUUCGUACCAAUUGGAUAGCGGCUCCUCUUGGUAUUCUGACAGCCUGGGCAGUUUCUUUUUAUCUUCUCGCAGCAAUUGUUUUAUAUUACUUUCCUGUCAAAAUGACAAUGGCACAGCAAAAGUCUUUAAGAACUUCCUCGUCCGAGCUUAAACCCAUCAAAACCGAAGGCAAUGAAUUUUUUAAUGCAACUGUCGCUUCUAGAGUCACUGUUGAUAUUAAAGACUUGAAGCUUUCAAUUAGCAAAUUUGAUUUUUUGAAUUAUGGCAGAAUGAACAAAAUAAAUAUUUUAAAUGAUGUCAAUGCAACUUUUGUACCAGGGAAAAUAAAUGCCAUUUUAGGACCUAGUGGUUCUGGGAAAAGUUCACUUUUAAACCUUAUUGCUGGCCGUUUAAAUUCCAGUCUAUUUUCUAGAUACUCAUCUUCCAAAAGUAUAUAUUUUAACGGGUCCAAAGUUACGUCAUGUUCGUUUGUCACUCAAGAAGAUGACGGUUUAUUACCAGCCUUGACUGUUCGCGAAACAUUGCAUUAUGCGGCUUACUUGCGGCUGCCCAACCAUUUUUCACUCUCGGAAAAACGUCAAAUCGCUGAUAACAUUAUACUUAAAAUGGGCCUAAAAUACUGUGCUAAUACACCAAUUGGAGAUGACGUCCAGGUAAAAGGAAUUUCUGGUGGCGAAAAGCGCCGAGUUUCCAUUAGUGCUCAGUUAUUGAAUGACCCCCAAGUCUUACUAUUGGAUGAGCCCACAUCAGGACUAGAUAGUUUCACAGCAGCCUCUAUUCUGGAUGUUCUAGAAGGUUUAGCUGCUGAAGGCAGAACUAUUAUUUGUUCUAUCCAUCAGCCCCGCUCUGAUAUGUUCCCUCGUUUUGGUAACAUUUUACUUUUAGCUAAAGGUGGUUACACUGCAUACAAUGAUUCACCGCAAAACCUUUUCCCUUAUCUUGAUAAAAUCGGAUACCCAUGUCCAUCUUUUACCAAUCCAGCAGACCAUCUUCUUGACUUGGUAUCUAUAAAUUUUCAAAGCGCAGAGCUUGAAGUAUCUUCGAAGGAACGGGCUAAAAUGCUUAUUGAAAGCUGGGAAAAAAAUGAAACAUCAGAAAAAAAAACUACUACUACCUACAGUCAAGUUUAUCCUGAAAUGCCAGUUGCAGCUCCAACACAUAAAAACAAUACUCAGUUUAUUUUUAUGAUAUUGCUAAGUCGAAGUUUGACAAAUAUUAUGAAAUCCCCGCAUUUACUUGUAGCUCGUCUGACUCAAGUUUCUGGCAUUGCAGGUGUUCUUGCCUUGUAUUAUUCUCCGCUUCAUGAUAGCUACGUUGGAAUCUCAGAUCGCCUUGGCUUGCUGCAACAAGUGACCUCGGUGUACUUUGUCGGGAUGCUUAACAAUAUCGCAGUAUAUCCUUCAGAGCGAUCUGUAUUCUACCGUGAGUAUGAUGAUGGUAUAUACGGUGUUACUCCAUUUUUUUUGACUUACACCUUUAUUGAGCUUCCCUUUGAAGUUAUCACAGCAAUGAUGUUUUCUUGUUUAUAUGCAUUAGCCACGGAUUUUGGUCGUUCUGCUAGUAUGUUCUUCAUAUCUACUUAUUGCGUUCUGGUUAUAGUCAACUGCGGUGAAUCAAUUGGCAUUGCAUUCAACACAAUUUUUAUGCAUGAAGGGUUUGCAAUGAAUAUUAUUUCUGUUUUUCUUUCUAUUGCAACUAUGAUGUCUGGGGUAAUGUCAUUUCACAUGCCUCCUGUUUUGCGUGCAAUCAACUGGAUAUCCCCGUUAAAGUAUGCAGUUGGCGUGGUUGCUAAGCAUGCAUUUCCAGAAAGCCUUAAGUUUUCCUGUGAGGGCCAGGAAAUUGAUAGCACUACAGGUGAAUGUGCUCUUAUGAAUGGAAAGCAAGUUUUGGAUACUUAUGGAAUUUCUAUUUCAAAUAAACGAUUCCAAGUAUACAUGGGCUUAUUAACUGUUUGUCUUGUUCUUUAUAGAUUAUGCGCGUAUGCGAUUUUAAAAGUCAAUCGUCUCAAGCUUGGUAUUUACAAAAACGUUUAA